AUUGAUAGCGAGUAUUAGCGAACUGCAAUGUUUUUAUUUUUAAAUAAAUAAAAUCACCUAUUUAUUUAAUGGAUAUUUCAUAACAAUAUUUUUUAAGAAAAAAUGAAUGAUAAUUACUCACACGUUGAAGAAGACUUAUUCUAUAUAACAGAAAAUAUCUUAGGACCUUGUGAUAAUAGUGUAGAAUAUGAGCGGCUGCAAGAUGAUUUUAAUUCUGUGUACGAACAUUGUCAAUGUUUAAGUAUUUGUUCUGUAACAACAUGUAAAUGCCUCGAAAACUCUUGUGGUGACAACUAUCAAGUCUGCCAGGAUAGGUACAAACUUGUGUCAAAACCAAAUUCGUAUCCUCUGGUGGAGUGUAACGAUAUUUGCACUUGUUCUACCGAAUGUGGAAAUAGAGUUGUACAAAAAGGUCCGUUUGAAGGUUUAGAUAUAAGAAUCUGUGAUAAAGGCUUUGGACUGUUUGCAACCUCUGCAAUAACAGCCGGAACUUUUAUAUGUGAAUAUGCUGGAGAAAUAUUGACUUCAAAACAAGCUUCACUACGGCACGAUAGGAAUAGGAUGAUGGGAAAAUCAAAUUAUAUCUUUUGUCUUAGGGAACUUUCCGGUAGCAACACUGUAAUAACUAUUAUUGAUCCGAGUAUAUUUGGUAAUAUUGGUAGAUAUAUAAAUCAUAGUUGUGACCCUAAUUCUCAUAUAUUACCUGUUAGAUGUGGAAGUCCUAUACCAAAGUUGGCAAUAUUUGCAUGUAAAGAUAUAUCAGUAGAUGAGGAAAUAACAUUUCACUAUGGCUUAGAUGGAACUGAUGUGGUGAAUGAAAAUGACAGAAUAAAAUGUUUGUGUAAAGCACAGAAUUGUCGAGGUUUUAUACCUUUCCAAAAUUAUUAAAGUGUUUUAAGUUGUGAUGUGUUUUUGUUAAGUAUAAGAUUUCAUUGUAAAAUAUCAAUGCAUGCUAAUAAAUAUCAGUCAUAUUUUAUGAGAAUUUAAUGAUACUUAGGUACUAAAAUAGUUAAUUCAUUUAUGAAUAU